GCUCCGCCUCCUUCGGGGGCGGAGCCGAGGCGGCCACGCCCCCAUCUGAGCCUGCAGGCGUCUCGCUCCAGGGCCGUCUGCGGGGAGAGGAUCAGCCUGGGGCAGGUAUAACAAUGGAUCUAGUCCUGAACUACGUAGAUUACAACUUUUUUACACCAUAUGUGUAUCCAACCACAUGGCCAGAGGAUGAGCCCUUUCGACAGAUCAUCAGUCUCCUUAUUGUAACAAAUCUUGGUGCACUUGUGCUUUAUUUGCUGUUUGGAACUCUGAGCUACUACUUGGUUUUUGAUCACUCUCUGAAGCAACACCCCCAGUUUCUAGAGAAUCAGGUGCAGCUUGAGAUAAAAUAUGCUCUCCAGUCACUUCCCUGGAUCAGCAUCCCCACUGUUGCACUCUUCUUUGCAGAGGUCAGAGGUUACAGCAGGCUUUAUGACAACAUUGAAGACUCUCCAUAUGGAUGGUUUGGUGUAAUCCUUAGCAUGCUCUCUUUCCUUUUCUUCACCGACAUGUGCAUUUACUGGAUUCACAGGUUCCUCCAUCAUAAACUUGUGUACAAGCGUCUGCACAAGCCCCAUCACCGCUGGAAGGUUGCUACACCAUUUGCAAGUCACGCCUUCCACCCCGUGGAUGGUUUCCUGCAGAGUAUUCCCUAUCACAUCUAUCCUUUCCUCUUUCCUUUGCACAAGGUGACCUACUUGGGUCUCUACAUCGCUGUCAAUGUCUGGACAAUCUCUAUCCACGAUGGCGAUUACCGCAUGCCAGAUUUCUUGAAACACAUUAUCAAUGGCUCUGCCCAUCACACUGACCAUCACUUGUAUUUUGAUUACAACUACGGUCAGUAUUUCACGCUCUGGGAUAAAAUUGGCGGCUCCUACAAAAGCCCCUCAUCCUUUGAAGGGAAAGGACCACAUGAUUAUUUGAAAAAGCUAAAGAGCGGAGAAUUGGCCAGCAUUAAAAAUGACAACCAUGCAGAUGAUGUGGUGAGCAGAGACAGUCUAAAGAAUAAAUAGGUUGUAAAAAGGCCCUGACCUCCCUUUUCCAUUUUUUUAAAAGGGAAAACUUGCUUAUAAAGAGAGCCCUUCCCCUAUUAAAUCAUUUUUGGGAUGAAAGCAUUUUAGGUGCCUAGGGUGGUUAGGAUGGCAUGAUGUAGUUAAGGACUACAGUACAGUCCCAUAAUGAGGACUGUAUAUGGUGAGAGUAAAAAGCAUAAGACCUAUGUAAUGUCUAAUGUUGAUGUAACAAUGAGAAUUUUCUGCAGCACUGCAUACAAAUGUCAGUGAACUGAAAUUGAGUGCCUUUUCUUAGCAUAAUGCAUUAGAGCCCAAGUUAGCAUUGAAAUUCUACCAUAAUGGCAUUAACGAGACCUUUUUGCUAUACUCAAAGCCUUCUCCUGAAAGUAGUGUUGUUCCAGAUGGUAAGUUCUCUCUGCACAGUGAUAACUUACUGGGAAUUUUGUUAAUUCAUCCAGGAUGCUGUAGGUGGCACUAUACAGAAACUUCAGUAUUGCUGCAACAGUGUACUUAAAAGGAAACUGUUUGAAUGAAGGAAGACACUUGAGGAAAUAUAAAUGAAUGCUUUGCAUGUGGAAUGUGACAGGACAUUGUCCUGCAUAUACAUACCUGUAGCUUAAUAAAAGAUGGCACGGACAUUUUCCAAAAACUAACUUACCCAGGUAACUUUUAAAGGUUAGCUUAGCAUUAAAAUAGAAUCUCUAAAUCAAAACUAAGCUGCUAAUGUUCUGGUAGAUCCUGUAUUUUAAAAUAGGAAGAUAGACCAGACCUAUUUUUAAAUAAAAUAAAGUAAACAAAGUGUUUGAAUGGACCUGUUAAUGCUAUUGCAUUGUUCUAGUGAACUAGACAUACCUUCCUUUUUUCCAGCUGCCCAAAUUUGUAUUGCCUUAUACUUAGGCUCCCAUUUCUAAUUUCUCUCAUGGUUAUAGAAUAUCUUUCAACAUGACGACAGCAUAAGGUUUUUGCAUGUUGUGUAUUUUUUAGGACUGAUAAAUAGCAUUUGCUACAAAUAAAGUAAAAGUAAUUGUAUUCUAUAUUCAGUUUUCCCAAUCAAAUCAUGCAAAAUGACAUUGCACAAAGCGUAGGAACUUAAAGACUGCUAUACUUCCAGGAAGCUGUCAGUAUUUUACAAACAGUAAUUUCUCUAGCUUCAGAUUUAUAGCAUCAGGAAUUAUGCCCUUGAGAGAAUUCUCAGUCUAAGCUUUUGUAGAAUCUUUUGACAAAUGUAUUUAAAAUUCCUGUGGAAAUUAACUGGCAGGUAAAAAUCCUACAGUAUUGUAUCUUUUGAAGGAAGGAAAACUCUUGAAUUGUGGCCACUGUGUUCAUAGAGGUUGGGAAAUAUUUGGAGGUUUCUGUUAGCUUUCCUAAAAUGAUGUGAAGCGAAUGUCACCACUUGCCUUAUUGGCUUUCUGUUUGCUGUUUUGAUUUUUUCCUCCCCUCUUAGCAUUUGACAGUGUUACUUCUGAAGACUAAGCUAAAAUAUUUUAUCAUGCAGGUGUGCACUGCACUACAUAUCUCAGCUUUGAUUAGAAUUAGUGUAUGUAAAAAAAAUAUUCUGAAGGCGGUGUAAGGAACAGUUCUAUUUUUGCAGGGGUCUCUGACAUUUUAAAUGUAUGUUGAUGGGUUUAUUUUACCUGGGCUAUGGAAACUAGUUUUUACAAACUGCUUACAAGAAAUUCAAGCUUGACUGCUUGUAAUAGUUUACCUACCAUUAGAAAAUUACCCAACAGGAGAGAAAUGAAGAGUGCAGGGGGAGUUCCCCCCCCCCCACUUCAGGAAGAAAGGAUCCCCUUGGUAUCAUAGCAGUGUGAUUUUUAUCAUGUAUGGCAGUAAGAGUUCCCUUAUGCUUUACCUGUAGUGAAAUAGUUUUAAUGGGGAGAAGGUAGAACUGACCUUCAAGGGCAAAAAAGCUAUGUAGUUGCCUCUUAGGAAAAUUUGCAACUGUAGGAAAACUAUGAAACUUGCAGUCCUGGCUUCUGCCUUGCAUAAUAAGAGGAGCUGUAGAAGAGAACCAUAGCUGUUGUGCCCUGCCCCCUAAGCAGCCUCACCUCCUCCUGGAGGUUCAGUUGAAAAUGGAACAGAGCAACCACUGGGUAGAAGUUUCAGCCCUCACAGGCUGUCUCGACUUCCCCAGGCCAACUGCAGCAAGACAACCUGCUCUGUACUGCCAUAGUCUUGAAUCCCUCCACUAUCUGGGGGAGAUGCAUACUGGAUUCUGAUUUCUGCUGCUCUGAGAUAGAAAAAUGGCAAAGGUGGCUGUGCUCUGGAGUUCUUAUCCAGGCAGUUUCAGUGGGGCUUCAGAAGCCUGGUGCUUGUUCAGCAGAACUCUGGCAGGCCUGUUCAGGGGUGGGUUGCAGGCAUGCCCCAAAGUUGUUGCUCCCAGUGCUGUAACUCUACUUCUGGACACUAGGUUCCUGGGAGAAUUGGGGAGCAUGUGAGAUUUGGUUUGAAGUGCAUUAAACACUGCUCCUGUGGAGCCUUAUUAUGCUCUUGUGUGCCCAACUCUCUGUAAUCCACCUAGGAGCUGACAGUGGGUGUUGUAAAAUAGACACUUCAGUAGGUAGAAGGGGGGCUUAGAAAGUGGUUUUUUAAAAGUAAACUCUAGGUAUGAUCAUGAACCUUCUCCUUGCCUCCCAUGGUCCCCUUACAGAGUAAGUUCACAGUUCCUACUGUUGUAUGUUCUAUUGUGGGUGUUCAGAAAGCACUUCUAGAAUACACAGACAGAAUAGCAAAGUUCCCCACAAGAAACCAAAUGCCUUAAAGGAGAAGAAAAUAUGCAUCUAGGGCUUGGUUUUUCAGGGAUGCUGACAAGCUGCAGCACCCAGGGAUUGAUUUUCAGCUGCUCUGUUCAUAAAUUGGUUAGUGAAAAUGCUAAUACACAUGGCCAAUUGGUAGCGGCACUUAGAAUAGUUAAUCCCUAGAAUAAAUGGAUGAUCAAAGUAGAGAAAAGGCUUCAUUCUUUACGAGAAGGCUUUUUGGACAGUGAGAGCUUGUUCACCAAAUGCUAUGCACUGUUGGUUACUGUGCCAUAACUAGUAUAGUCUGCAUAAACUAAAUAUGCCAAAUACCUAAAUAGCAGUGAGUGAGGAGAGGAGCAGGCAUGUAAGUUGAGAUGGUAAGAGCAGCUCUGAGUGGAUAGAUAUGUUCCUCUCCAUGCAAUUUAUGUUAACAGCAAGGAAAGAGGUUCCCAACCUCGUUGGGCAACACGGCCCAAUUUGCUGGACUAAGAUUUCAUCUGACUCCUUCCUUCCACGAUGUGCUGCAGGUGUCCAAGCUGCACAGGGAGUUGAAGCGCAUGGGAUUUGACUAAGGGAAAGACAUCUGGAACUCUCAAGCCCUAUAUUAAAGCAGAGGAUGCCAGCUGGUGGGAACCUUCUGACCCAUAUUGUAGUGUUCUCAAGUUCAGUUUUGGCAAGGCAGGGUGCAUUUCAAACUUCUGAACAAAGCAAACUCCUGCCUGCUGGUCCCUCCCAGUGGCCUAAGUAAAGUGAGAUGCAUGCACAGCAGUUUACCAACAGACCAUCUCUGGUUCAUAUUGUAAACAAGUAGAGCGGUUUGCAUAGACAUGUACUCUUCCUGAAACUGGAGCAAAGAAGCAGAGGAUCAAUAGUAUGUUGUGUAAAAAGUCACUGUAUGAAGAUUGUGUUGAAAGGAGUUGUUGCAGACCAGCAUGUUGGUCUUCAAUGCUAAUGUUUUCUGAGUCAGUAAUAAAGUCUGCGUUUUAAAU